CACAACUCUCCGCUGCAGAGACAAACUGGGAGACAACACGGAGGAGAUCAGCCGCCCGGCAGGAUCCAGAUGAGCAUGAGACCCAGCGAUAAUGCACCGCCAUUUUGCAGGCUGCCUAGUCGCAGCCAGCACUGAUUCCCACAUCUGAGGGUCACUACAAAGGAACAAGGAACAUUCAUCUCAGACUUCUGCUUGCUGACUGCUUUAUACAGUAUAUAUGACAAAGUGCAGAUAACUGUAUGUGAUGAUUUUGUUGCUCAGCUGAAUAACACUUUUUGGCACCAUAAAAACAAGCCUGAGCCUGUGAAUUAGUGGACAUUUUAGUGCUUCUGCACUGAAAUUUUAUAUUUAAGGUCAUAACUAGAUACAAAACCGUGCUAGUCUUAAAAAAAACCUGCAGCAGUUAGUUUGUUCUGUGCUGUCAAAGAGCUAAAAAAGUGCUCGAACAUGGCUGCCGCCGCCACCAUGGAAGUGGUGGACAUCAUCGUCGUAGUAAUCUACUUCAUCCUGGUGCUGGUGAUCGGUUUCUUUGCCAUGCGGAAAGCCAAUCAGGGCACAGUGAGCGGCUACUUCCUCGCUGGCCGCUCCAUGAAUUGGGCGGCUGUGGGAGCGUCUCUGUUCGUCAGCAACAUAGGGAGCGAGCAUUUCAUUGGACUUGCAGGAUCGGGUGCUGCUAGCGGGUUCAGCGUGGCUGCAUGGGAAUUAAAUGCUCUAUUGCUGCUCCAGCUGUUGGGCUGGAUAUUUAUCCCCGUGUAUAUUCAGUGUGGAGUCUACACCAUGCCAGAAUACCUGUCCAAACGGUUCGGUGGGAGCCGACUGAAAGUGUAUUUUGCAGUGUUGUCUCUCAUCCUGUACAUCUUCAUCAAGCUGUCCGUAGACCUCUAUGCCGGGGCCUUGUUCAUUCAGGAAUCCUUAGGGUGGGACCUCUAUAUGUCCAUCAUCCUCCUCAUCACCAUGACGGCUUUGCUGACAGUCACUGGAGGCCUGGUCGCUGUCAUCUACACGGACACGGUGCAGGCUUUCCUCAUGAUCGCCGGAGCACUCUGCCUCACCAUCAUCAGCCUCUUCAAAGUGGGAGGACUUGAAGGGGUGUGGACCAAGUACAUGCAGGCUUCUCCAAACAUCUCCGCCAUCUUGCUGUCUUCACCCAACCUGACGUAUUCUGAAUCCUGCCACCUCGACCUCCACCCGAAGCCAAAUGCUCUGAAGUUGCUUCGAGGCCCGACAGAUCCAGACUUGCCUUGGCCCGGUUUCCUACUGGGCCAGACUCCUGCCUCUAUUUGGUACUGGUGCACAGAUCAAGUGAUAGUUCAGCGGGUUUUGGCAGCGAAGAACAUUGUCCAUGCCAAAGGUUCGACUAUCAUGGCUGGCUUUCUGAAAAUCCUCCCCAUGUUCAUCAUCGUCAUCCCAGGGAUGAUUUCCAGGAUCUUCUUUGCUGAUGAGUUGGCGUGCAUCAGCCCAGAGCACUGCCUAGAGGUGUGCGGCUCCGCGACCGGCUGCAGCAACGUGGCUUACCCACGGCUCGUCAUGUCCGUGAUGCCCGUCGGCCUCCGCGGCCUGAUGAUGGCUGUCAUAAUCGCAGCUCUGAUGAGCGACCUGGACUCCAUCUUCAACUCCGCGAGCACCAUAUUCACGUUGGACAUUUACAAGAUGCUGCGAAAGCAGGUGUCAUCCAGGGAGCUGGUGAUGGUCGGCAGGUUGUUUGUGGUUUUCAUGGUGAUCGCCAGCAUCGCCUGGGUGCCGGUCAUCAUCGAGAUGCAGGGAGGCCAGAUCUUCUACUACAUCCAAGAAGUAACCGACUACCUGACUCCACCCGUAGCUGCGAUCUUCUUGCUUGCCGUGCUGUGGCAUCGCUGCAAUGAGACGGGGGCCUUUUGGGGCGGGGUGGUGGGGUUUGUCCUCGGAGCGGCGCGUCUGAUUUUGGCGUUGGUUUACCGCGAGCCUCGCUGCGACCAGCCCGAUGAGCGGCCAUCUUUCAUCAAAGAUGUUCAUUUCAUGUAUGUGGCAGCCAUCUUGUUUUGGACGUCGGCUUUGGUGACCGUAGUUGUGAGUCUCUGCACCCCUCCGCCCAGAAAAGAACAGAUCAGAAGCACCACACUGUGGGGGUUAAACAAGUGGAAGGGAUUAAAACAUGGCGAUCAUAAAAAUGCCCAACCAAGCAACAAUCAUGCUAUGGAAGCCAGUGACAUAGAAACGCACCUUCACUCACCGAUUUCUGACCUUAAAAUGGUAGACGAGGGAGAAGGGGGAGGACUGAGGGUUGGAAAGGAGGAAGAAGGAGGAUGCCUUGGAGGAGGAGUGGAGGGUGGGAGGUGUAUGAAGGCUUUGGUGUGUCUCUGUGGCUUCAAGGAGCAGCCGACCGAAGCUCAGGUCAUCACUGUCCAGGAACAGGAAAAGAUUGUGGAUGAGCUUCUCCAUGAACCUCCUCGAACCAGAAUCCUCCUGAACACAGCUCUGGUGGUGAUCUGCUCUGUCGGCAUCUUUCUCUUUAUAUAUUUCUCCUUAUAGGCUCCUUUUAAUUCCAAGCAGUGGGACACGUUUGUGCAUAAACUACAAGCUGGAAUGGUCUGCAGGUAAGCUAUCCUUCAGUUUGAAAGAGCAUCGUGAACAGGCUGUUUUCUCUCAUGAGAACAUUUAAAAGGCCUCUAACAGUUAUGGCUUCUGUUCGUCCUUUUUGUGUUUCUUUUCCCGAACAAUUGCAUCUGGAAGUUCAGUGUGCUUUAAACUUUUGCAAAUGGCCGUCCAUCGAUCAUAGAUGGUGAGUUUGAAAGUUACAGAAAUCGAUGCAGCACAGUGCUUUGUUUUAGGUGUACUAACACCCUUUUAGGAGACACAUAGUCUUUACUACUGCAGAUAAUAUUGCAUUUUAAGUUCCACUGAAUAUGAAAUAAAUUAUUCCUCUUUUUACAGGGCACUAUCGGGAACCAGGUCAACAGUACAGAGGUUCACAAAUCUCUGCCUUUUAGGAGAUUGUUGCAAAUGUUUGGUGGUGGUACGGCUCGCUAUGGUGGUGGUAAUUAUUAACACUCACCAUUGGAUUUCAGGGCUUUGAAUAAGUUCUUUCCUCAUUGGCUGUAAAGUUAACUGUUAACUGAUGCUUGUAUGGUGUGAUCUUUCGUCCCCUUCCCGCAUAACACCAAAGAAAUUACUGCUGAACUUCACACCGUUAAUCCCGCAGUUAUCUCCGAACGGAAAAAGUACCAAACCGGUCAUUCUAGUCCACUGACAAUUCCUGCCAUCAUCUGUAUAAACACCACUGUCUCUUCAGACAUCUACA